UCUGCUUCGCUCACAGUAACUUUUAGGCGCUGUGGUUGUGAGAGCGUCUAUAUUUCUGUUUGUAGCCAUAUUAUUAAAUUAGACUAGUUGAACACAACUAGUGCUGAACGCUUAUACUACGGAAGUUGUCUACUUAAAGCUAGCUGACGCUAACGCUAGCUCUACAUGGAGCACGCCGACGACUCAGGGACUCGCCAUCAGAAACACAGCAGGAACAAUGACCACCACUUCUCUCUUUUUCUGACGCCAGUGGUGAGCAGCUGCAAGCUGCAUUCUUCAUCCGCCAAAUCAUCACAGAGAGUGUCAGAGCGGAUCCGUUUUGAGAGAGACAUAAGUGUGAAUGCCACCCACCAAACAAGUCCUUCAAACCUGGAGAACAGACUGCAUUCAUGCAGUGAAAGACUACUCGUCCAGACUUCGUCAGUGCCUCUGUUUUCCAGUGAUAUGUCUGAUUGUGAUGCUCAUAAUCUCGCGCCGUUGACCAUUAAACCUUUGAAUAGUUUGCGUCCAGAUUCUGCGACAAACUAUAGCUACAGCUAUGGAAGACCGACCCGUAGUGCAGGUGCCAAUCACAAUGCCUUAAAACUCUUAGAUGGAGUCUCACAAAAUGCUGCUCGUCACUUCAGACGUUUGCUUUGCAGCAGCUUUGUUUCCAACUUCCGAAGUAUCAACUUUAACAGACGGGGUUUGGAAGAAUGCCCGCAGCUGGCUGCUGGAGAUGAACUUCAGCUUCUCAACCUCCAGCACAAUCAAAUCUCACGUAUCCAGCAUCUGUCACGUUUGCAACAGCUCGUCUUUGUGAACCUGUAUGACAAUCACAUUUCAGAAAUGACCGGCAUUGAAGCUUUGAGCUCCCUCAAGGUCCUUCUUUUAGGGAGGAACAGAAUUGAAAAAAUAAGUUGUCUGGAUCGCCUUUCCAAACUUAACAUCCUGGAUCUUCAGCACAACCAGAUUUCCCGAAUUGAAAAUGUGUCGCACCUGAAGGAGCUAGAAGUGUUGAACCUGGCGGGAAACAGGAUCUCCAGAGUGGAGAACUUGGAUGGACUGGACUGUUUGACUGAGCUGAACUUGAGAUACAACUGCAUCUUCCUUCUUACUGAGGUGGACCGCCUGCCCUCCUUGCAGCGCCUCUUUCUCAGCUGCAAUAACAUCACCAGUUUUGACCAGCUAGCUUUCCUCGGAAAAUCACACUCCCUUUCUGAGCUCACCCUGGAUGGGAAUCCUGUAGCCCUGGAGACAUGGUACAAGCAGGCCGUCCUGCGCUGUGUGCUUCAUCUGAAACAGCUGGACAUGAAGCGCAUCACAGACGAGGAUCGGCGCAUGGCUGGCGUACAGGCUCGAAAAGAAGAAGAGAAGAAGAAGGAGAGUCACAAGCAGAACAUUCAUAAGGAGAAGCGACGUCUAGCGAUUCGUAAUGCGGCCCAGCUGUGGGAGGGAGUCCGAACCUGCUUGGAGCUGCCAUCAACAAACGGUGCUAAAGAGGAAGCCAGUCCAGACAACAGCCCUGCUCACAGCCCCAACCAGAGCAACGGUCUCACCCAGGACCCUUCCCCUGAAGAGCCCAGACGGGUGAGCCCAGGCUCUGGACCGGACCGACCCACGGGGGGAACUGAGACCCGACUUCGCACCAACAGCCGCCCAAACAGCCCGAGGGAUCCAAAACUUGUGGAGACGGGAAGUGUCCAGAGUUUGUCACUGUCUGAGAGUCACCUGGCAGAGCUGGAUGGAGACACCCUGCGUUUGUUUGGACCUGGUGCUCUGGAGGCCCUGGAGAGAGGCUGGGGAGCUCAGACUGCCGGUGCCGUCACUGUCAUCACCUUCCGCUACAUCAACUAUGAUUCCAUUGUACCUCUGCUCCCUAGAAUAAGGGUCAAAUUCCCCAAUCUAUCGCACAUGAUUUUCUUGGAAACCAACAUCAGUCGCCUGCCACAGUUGGCCGCGUUGGCUCAGGUGAGGCGUCUGGACCAGCUAACCAUCCACCCAGAAGGCAACCCUGUGGUUGGCCUGUCUCUCUGGCGCUCUUUCGUCAUCUACCGUCUCCAUCACUUCAACCUCCAGAGGAUCAACGGCCAGGAGGUCACCAUGAAUGACGUGAUCGCUGCCGAGCGUGUGUUUGGGACGCUAGGGUACAUCGCCGCUACCGAGACUCCACGAUGUCGACUCCUCCUGCUGCUGGAGGAGUCAAGGAAGCGACAGCUACAAUUCCUCUUGGAGGGGCGUGGACGGCGGCCUGGGCUGAGUCCAGAGGAGCUACGGGACAAUGGGAAGCUCCUGGGAGACGGACUGAGCCGAGCUCUCUUCAACUACCCGAGUCGAGACUGUAGCACAGACAGUCCAGAGGAGGGCUCAGUCGAGGCGUCAGAACGCGCUGCCAUGGUGCAGCAGUACCUCCAGGAGUUGGUCCAAAGGGCAUCAGACACAAAUCUCAAGGGCGAGGCUCUUCACGACCUCUGGCCUUCCAUGUUUGCCGAGAUGGUGAAGGACUGUGUGCUGGAGAUGAGAGACAGAGCCGCCUUCCGCCAAGCCAGCCUUGCCAAGAUCUCUGAGACCAAGUGAUGAGGACCAAAGGUUUUCUCGAAGACCUUCUACACACACAGACACUCUUUCCCACCGUUGCCACUACACUCGUGUGAACAUUAACAACACACCAUCAUCUUUAAACAGCAUUUUUAUUUAUCUUUGGCAAAGAAUUGCGUCUCUCCCAAACGUCAGGGAAGCGCUCUCCAAAGACGGACGGAAACAAGAUGUCUGUGGAAAGCCUGACCAAGCCGGCGUCAAGUUCGAAUGUAGAGUCUCACUAGUCCUCAGAGCCGUCACACUUGAUGAAGGUCAGAGCUAACAGUGUAUUGUUGACCCUGUGGGGCUUCCAUUGCACUUUAAAACAAAACAACACUCUUUACAAUCUUCAGCUAGGAAUGACCAUGAUGGCUUUUUGUUUCAGACUUGAAUGACUUUCCUGUGUCUUAAAUCUUGAUUGAUGCAUUGUUCUCUUUCACCGUAACAACAAGGACCUUUCUCGGUUUAACACAGAUUUUCUGUAUUAUACUUAGUAUUAAAAUAUUCUGUAUUAACACACAGCAUCUGUGCGUUCUUGUCUUUUCUAGAAAUGUCUCCCAGCUC